AUGGUUGUUAGCAAUGUCGAUUUCAGAAGCAUGAGUUUCAUGGAGUUCAUCUCGUAUGUGAAGAACUUGGUCAAGGAUGGAAGAAUCAAUGUGUACUAUUGUCUUCCACAACGUUCACUGAGAGAUGGGUUAAGAGUCUUGGAAGAUGAAAAUGAUUAUGUUCGUUUCCUUGAUGUUGGAUAUGAGAAUGGGGGUAUGAUCAAUUUGUACAUUGAUCACAGUCAGUAUCUAGUUAUGGAGUGGAUUGAAGAAGAGAUAGCUGAAGAUGGAUCGAUAGAUGGUAAUACGGAUGAUGAUGAUGAUGAUGUAGACUCUGAGCUUUCAGAUGAUGAUUUCGUGGAGCAUGAGCCUGAUGAUGAAGUGAUACAACUACAACCAUCUGAUGAUCUUUUCAUUAAAAGAAAAUUUUUCAAGCCUCCAAGAGUUGUGGAUGAUGAAAAAGAUGAUAAGAAAGAUGUCAAGAAAGAUCUUCAUAAGUAUCCAGUUCAUGAUCCUAACCAAAAAUGGGAUACAAUGUUUCCAGUCUUAGGUAGAGGACUAACCAUCAUCUCUGACCAACACAAGGGACUGAUUGAAGCAGUUAAGGAAAGAGUGUCAGAAUUCGGAGGAGAUACCUACAACAACGAGGAUCGUGGUGGUGACAUGGAAGAGGGAAUGCACGUGGCAGAAGAAGAGAGGAAGAGAGAUUGUUUGUGUGUGUGUGUUCUUGAUAGGAUGGAGAACAACGUGACAUGUUCUCCACGCAUCUUCGGGUCAAGUUCAAUUACUAAACUACUUUUCUAUAGCUUCAAAUUGGUCGGCCUUAUAAUCUGCAUAACAAUAUUCGUGAUCAAUAUGAAUACAAGGCUAUUAUGUUACUUGUGA